AUGACAUUUACUCUUGAAUGGCACCGUCGUCAAACUGCUAGCAAUCAGGCUAAACCAUUACGUAAAUCAACUAAUUUUAAACGAGUUGAACUUGAAAAAAGACAAGAACAUUGCAGCUAUCUUAAAGGUAUUGCAUCAUUAAGAAAUACUGGAAAAAAUGAUCUACUCGAUGAAAGUUAUAAAAUUGAAUCCAUACCAGAACGUUUUUUAUGUAUAUUUGUUUCAUUUGCACAUAUUUUAACAUAUAAUGAAGCACUUUCAAAAUUAAAUUCAUCUAAUCGUUAUUAUUGCUGUUUAUAUUCAAUAACAGGAAUGCCAGCACAAUAUUUUGAUUCAUUAAUACAAAUGCCUUAUGCUACAUUAGAAGCAUUCAAAAUUCUUCGAUGA